UGAUCUAUCCUCUACAGAUUAAUCAAAUAUAAAAUCCUUCUUCAUUUCAUUGGAAUCAAAACCCUCCAUUUUAUUUCGUCUUCUUUUGAGAAAACCCAUCCCUCAAGACCUUCAAGACAACACGUAUUUCCUUCCCUUUUUGUUUUGGUUCUUGUAUGUCUGUCUUGCUUGUGAUACAUAAAUGGGUGUUCCGGUGAUCAAAUUUCCUAUCUUUAUGGUAAUUAGGGUAUUGGGAAUCGUAAUAACAGCUAUUCUUUUCACCUGGACUCUUCAUUACAGGGGAGGAUUGGCUCUCAUCUCCGAUGACAAAGAUCUCAUCUUUAAUGUCCAUCCUGUUCUGAUGGUCAUUGGACUACUGCUCUUAAAUGGCGAAGCCAUGCUGGCGUACAAGACUGUUCCCGGGACGAAAAGUUUCAAAAAGUUAGUUCAUCUUACAGUUCAAUGUUUUGCCUUUAUCUUGAGUAUUAUCGGUGUGUGGGCUGCUUUGAAGUUCCACAACGAUAGGGGCAUUGAAAACUUUUACAGUCUACACUCAUGGUUGGGCCUAGCUUGCCUUUUCUUGUUUGGCAUACAGUGGGCCGCUGGAUUCGCAACGUUUUGGUACCCGGGCGGCUCUCGAAACAGCAGAGCCGCACUGUUGCCAUGGCACGUGUUCUUCGGGAUGUAUACAUACGCACUUGCUGUUGCUACUUCUACAACGGGUAUCCUAGAGAAGCUUACUUUCCUUCAAACCAACCGGGUAAUAUCGCGCUACUCUACCGAGGCUUUGCUGGUAAACUGUUUAGGUAUAUUGAUUGUUGUGCUGGGUGGUAUUGUGAUUCUGGCCACGGUCACUCCGGUGAAUGGCAAAAGUGAUACCCACCGGGGUCUAUCGGAAUAGGUACGACUGUGUUUCCGAGGGGACUAAAUGGACUCUAAUGAAAUCUGAAAAGAC